GUCAUAGGUCACUGGGCGGGUAGGGGGCGGGGCCCAUGGCUAUGACACCGGCAGAGCGGCAGUGGCCAGAGCAGUCAGGGCGGUGAUGGCGGCGACUCCGGUGACGGCGGCAGCCGCGGCCCCGGCGCCGGCGCCCAGCACGGAUGGCGCCUCCUCAGUGCAUUGGUUCCGCAAGGGGCUUCGGCUCCACGACAACCCGGCGCUGCUGGCGGCAGUGCGCGGGGCGCGCUGUGUGCGCUGCGUUUACAUCCUCGACCCUUGGUUCGCGGCCUCCUCCUCGGUCGGAAUCAAUAGAUGGAGGUUCCUUCUUCAGUCUCUGGAAGAUUUGGACACGAGUUUAAGGAAACUGAACUCUCGCCUGUUUGUAGUACGGGGACAGCCAGCUGACGUGUUCCCAAGACUAUUCAAGGAAUGGGGGGUGACCCGCUUGACGUUUGAAUAUGACUCCGAACCCUUUGGGAAAGAACGGGAUGCUGCCAUCAUGAAGAUGGCCAAGGAAGCUGGUGUGGAGGUAGUGACCGAGAACUCUCAUACUCUCUAUGACCUGGACAGGAUCAUUGAGCUAAAUGGACAGAAGCCACCCCUUACCUACAAGCGCUUUCAGGCCAUCAUCAGCCGCAUGGAGCUGCCCAAGAAGCCCGUGGGCUCCGUGACCAGCCAGCAGAUGGAGAGCUGCCCAGCUGAGAUCCAGGCGAACCACGAUGAGACCUAUGGCGUGCCCUCCCUGGAGGAACUGGGGUUCCCCACUGAAGGACUUGGCCCCGCUGUUUGGCAGGGAGGAGAGACAGAAGCUCUGGCACGCCUGGAUAAGCACUUGGAACGGAAGGCCUGGGUUGCCAACUAUGAGAGACCCCGAAUGAACGCCAACUCCCUGCUGGCCAGCCCCACUGGCCUCAGCCCCUACCUGCGCUUCGGCUGCCUGUCCUGCCGCCUCUUCUACUACCGCCUGUGGGACCUGUAUAAAAAGGUGAAGCGGAACAGCACACCCCCCCUCUCCCUGUUUGGGCAACUCUUGUGGCGAGAGUUUUUCUACACGGCAGCCACCAAUAACCCCAGGUUUGACCGCAUGGAGGGGAACCCCAUCUGCAUCCAGAUCCCCUGGGACCGCAACCCUGAGGCCCUGGCCAAGUGGGCCGAGGGCAAGACAGGCUUCCCUUGGAUUGAUGCCAUCAUGACCCAACUGAGGCAGGAAGGCUGGAUCCACCAUCUGGCCCGGCACGCGGUGGCCUGCUUCCUCACUCGCGGGGACCUCUGGGUCAGCUGGGAGAGUGGGGUCCGGGUGUUUGAUGAGCUGCUCCUGGAUGCAGACUUUAGCGUGAACGCGGGCAGCUGGAUGUGGCUGUCUUGCAGUGCUUUCUUCCAGCAAUUCUUCCACUGCUACUGCCCUGUGGGUUUCGGCCGCCGCACAGACCCCAGUGGUGACUACAUCAGGCGAUACCUGCCCAAAUUGAAAGGGUUCCCCUCUCGCUAUAUCUAUGAGCCCUGGAAUGCCCCAGAGUCAAUCCAGAAGGCAGCCAAGUGCAUCAUCGGUGUGGACUACCCACGGCCCAUCGUCAACCAUGCCGAAACCAGCCGGCUCAACAUUGAGCGAAUGAAGCAGAUUUAUCAGCAGCUCUCUCACUACCGGGGACUCUGUCUGUUGGCAUCUGUCCCAUCCUGUGUGGAAGACCUCAGCAAUCCAGUGGCAGAACCCAGCUCAAGCCAAACUGGAAGCAUGAGCAGUGCACGCCCCAAACCACUAUCUAGUGGCCCAGCGUCCCCCAAACGCAAGCUGGAAGCAGCCGAGGAGCCACCUGGUGAAGAACUCAGCAAACGGGCCCGGGUGGCGGAGCUGUCUGCCCCAGAGCUGCCAAGCAGAGACGUCUGAGACUGCAGCGCUGUGGCUCCGUGAGCAAAGCCUGGGUGCCUGAGCAGCCACCACGGCAGCAGAGAGCAACCUGCAGAAAAGCUGACACCGCCAGAGAUUGAGCGAACAUGUGUGUGUGUGUGUGCGCGUGCAGAGGAAGGAGUGGUGUGCCUGUUUGCGUGUGCAUGCAUCUGUUUACACUCGUGUGAUUCUGAAUACUGCCUGGGCUGGAGAAGUACCUGUAGCAGCUUCACCUCAGCCUCAGACACCAGGUUAGAGGUCAUGGCUGUGACUUUCAGCCACCACCUGUCCCUGCCAGCCAGCUGCCUUGUCUAAACAGACAAGUGGUAGGACCCUAGCUGGGAUUCCAGCAUCUGCCCCUCUCUAGCCCCCCCCCACACACACAGCUCACAUUAGACUGAGGAGCAGGAGGGCAACAUUUCUGGCUCAUAUCCAGAGCAUGGGAUUCUAGAAGCAGGCAGAGCCUUACUGAGUUCCUCCGGAUCUUGGAUGCCGAGCAGGCUGGAGAGGACAGGUGCUGUCCACAUGUAGUCCCCUGGCCUGGUUACUUACUUAUUUUAAAAUUCCCUGCCACUGGGCCCUCCAGAUCCUUCCUCAGGCAUCUAGGACAGAGCACAAGGCUGUGGACAGAUCUGAAAACUUUUCGACAUCACACGCCAGUACCUAUAUGCACGGUACUGUAGACAGAACCUAGAAAGUACAUUUACCUUAUGGAAGCUGAAAGCCUAAGGUUACAAAUAGUAUCCCAGCACUUACUGUUCCUUCCCUAGAAGCUGAGAGCCAGCCUCAGCGCUGACUGGAGAGCCAGUGCCUCUACCAGGAGGAGGCUGGGUUCCUGGCUCCUCUGGCCACACUCCAGGGCACCACAGUGCUGCCACUGAGGUCAGCUGACUUCUGUCCAGGCAAGCCUUUCUAGCCUGUGCUCUACAGGCUCCAGUGCCUGCCUGGGACUGGUCAGCAUCCAAGCUGCCAUGUCAGCUCUGCCGGUAGCUAGAUGCCAAGGACCCAGGCAGGUGGACUCGGGUGGGGGCUGCCAGGGACAGUUGGUUAAGGUCCAAGUAGAAAGCCCACCCAGCACACCAACCCUUCCAGGAGCAGUGGGUGGGAGGCUUGACCCAGAGAAGCCAAGGCCUUACAUUCCAGGAGCGGCCUAUGCCUCCCACCUCAACCCCCCUGUUGAAGGCCUGUGCUGAGAAAGGCAUAAUGAAAAGAAGGACUGUGGUCAGCUGCAGCAAGUCUUCCUUCCACCCUGUGGCCUGCACUUGAGCCACAAAGUGCGCGCGCGCGUGUGCACGCGUGUGCACGUGUCUGAGUGUGCAUGCAUGUGCACACAAGUGUGCAUGUGUGUGUGCACACAUAGCUGAGAGACUGAUUCCUUAGAUUUUUGCCCUCACAUGUUACGUUAAGCUGGCCUCCGGGCCCUCUCCUCUCUACCUCCCUGUGACCUUUCCUAGCCUCCUAGCUGUUAACUUCCUGGGCUCCAGCCCUGUCCCUCACUGUCCUCUGUCCUUGGACCAGAAUCCUGGGCUCACGCCCGCCUCCAUCAGCUGUCCAGCACACUGACAGGCUUCUUCCUGAGAUGUCCUCAGGUUUGCUCAGCCAGACAGCUGCCUUUAGAGUCCAACUGUUGUGUUUAUGUCACCCUCACUAGAAAUGUCCCAUAAUCAUCUGGGGGAAGCAGGGCACAGGUGACGGUGUGUAUUCGAAGAUUUGGGUUGGGGAUGUCUCUCUCUGCUCAGCCCCAGCCAGGAGGAAAGAGAGUUGGGGGCUAUUGCCAUAAAGGGAGUACAGCAAGCCUGGGAGGGCUGGUCUGAGAAACUGAGAAGGCCAGAGGGCUUAGGGCCAGAUCAGUAUUUAUUUAGCAGCACCUUCAAAUAUCAGUAUGAGCCCCUUGUCCUGCCUAUUUGAUGAUGGCUCUCUUCCCUAAGGUACAAGUUGGCCAGACCACGUACCCCUUCUUCAACAUCCCUGGCAUGCUGGCCCAUUAUCAGUGGAGUGGAGUGGUCCACUCCCAGAGCUGGGUGGAGUGGGGUUAGGAAAGGGUGCAUCUGGUGGCCUGGAACUCCAUUGUGGCUUUGUGCCUCCCCUUUCCUGGCCCAGGUGUCCCUGGGGCUGCCACAGAGCAUUGCCCCAAAUCCUGAUCCAAGGGCCAGCACUGAGAAGAAAUAGUCGCAGGCAAAAUGCACUUUAUACAGAGAUUUCCUAUUGCUGGGAAGGUGUGUUUCUCCCACAGUUUGUUUGUGAACAUUCAUUACUUGUUUCAUAAAUGUCUGAUCCUGUCUGAGCAAA